AUCGGAGAAAACAUUCGUAAAGUAUAUGAUAUAGAGUAGGCAGUUAAAAGCACCCACUUGCUCGCCGCCAGCGCUUCGGUCGUUUCGUUUCCCUGGUUUAUCAGCUCUCUUCGCCACCGCCAGCGGCUCUCUUCCCCUCAGGAAGGUGUAUUUUCGUGUGGAGGAGCGAUUUUCCGACAAUGAAUAGUACGUCUCCAGCGCACUCAUCAAUAUCAACAACAGCCAUUGUGGGAGGAGGAAGCAGCGGGAAUGCUGCUCCCGAUGAUUUCCAUUUCCCCUCUGAUCUCAUCUCCAUCCAAGACCGCAAGGACGAGGCCAUGCGUGCUUUAAAAUCUGACCUAAUGGCUGAACUUGACAAGGAGGUUAAAUCGUUGGAAGAAGAUAACUGGAUGUUUGAAGGACCUCGUUCUCGUAUCCACCUUAUAACAAAAUCAAGCGGGUUUCUCCACAAGCAGCCGGAACUAGCAACAGACCGGAACGUUGCUCCUCCAAAAUGAUUCUGAUUCCUUCGGAAGAGCAGAGUAUUGUGCCAAUGGUUUGAGAAGAGAUUAAGCUCAAUGAUCAAGUUCAUACGACUGGAUGAAUUUCAUUGACUAUCAUAUGUAUGUGUCAUCGCAAUAUUGUUAGAACAUUACAAUUUAUGAUUCAAAUUUUAUAGUUUGAUAUAUUUAUAAUCGAAACAAUUAAAUGUCAUGAGAUUUUAUUAGUGAA